GCCAUGGCGGCGGCGGCGGCCGCUGCUCCCGGGGGGGACGCGGAGCGGGAGUGGCGGGACCAGCCGGGCCUGGAGGCGGCCGAGCGGUCUAUGUUUGUGCACAAGGAUGUGUCUUCUACCAAAAUCUACGUCCUGCAGCCGUGGAUUGUCAGCCUCUUGUUGAAGGACGACCGGCUGGGUGACCAUGAGAAUUUCCUGGCUGGGCAGGUGGUGCAGGUCCUGAGCGACUCAGCUGCUCCUGGCCGGCCUGGGGUCUUCGGGGGUGUUUCCCUGCAGGUCACCGAUGGAUCCCACUACAUCCGCGUGGUCGUUUCCCCCGACUCUCUGCAGAUAGAGGACAAUUCCCACAUGCGUGCCAGGGCUGGCGGCCUCACUUGCAGAAUUAUCGUCCUGCAGAAGUACAGAGUGUGUUUUCAGGAGGAGGCCAGGCUGGAGGACUGCGAGUUUUACCUCAAGGCCCAGGAGUUCAUCGUGCUGCCCAUCCAGAGGCAGAGGAUAGAAUCAUCCGACGGGAACCAGGAGCCUUCUGUGAUGAAGAAGAUGAAGGAGCUGUGGCUGAAGAAUCCUGGUGUGAGGAACGCUCCCAGCUCAGACCCCUCCAUCUCUCAGCUGAUAGAUGCCAUAGGACACAACCAGCUGGAGACUUUGAAGGAAAAUGCUGAGGAAUGCUUGGAUUUACGGAUGCCCCCGGAGAAGCCCGAGACGGCGACGGACGAGGUUCCUGUCACCAAGUGGGAGGCAGAGCGCAAGAAAGAGCAAGGUGAGAAUGUUUUCAUGGUCCCAGUCAACAACCUGCUGAUCCCUCCUGAGGAGGAGGAAGCUGCCUGUGAUUCUUCCAAGGCAGAUACAAACAAAACAGCUCCUGGGAAGAGUAGUGAUGACAGGACAGUGCCAGGGGACCCAAGUGUCGUAUCCCAAGCCAGCCAUGCUGAGUCACUGGCCUUGUCAGAUAGCUUGGAGGGAUCCUUGGACAACCCCUGGAACGGGAUCCCCCCGUUGUCUUUGACCCCGAGCUCUUCAGAUGAGAAGAACUUUCCACCCGACGCUUCCCUGAAGACCCAGAAAGAUGUGGCUGAUGACAGCAACACCCCUGACCUGCUAGAACUGUGUAACCAGGACUCUCCCAAGGGAUUGCAACAGGGAGAGCCAGUACAGAUUUCCUCUCCCUCCCUGCUCUGCUCCUACAGCAGUCCCAGUCCAGUGAAGACCAACACCAGCCAGGCAGCAUCAGCUUUGGGGGCAACCUGUGGUGCUGAAGACCCUGAGGGAUCAAGGGGCUCUCAGGCCCCCCUACCGACUCUCUCUCCAGAUUUCCCUGUCGUGCCCAGCAGCAGAUUGCAAUCCGUGCCCAGCAGCAGAUUGCAAUCCGUGCCCGACAAGAUGCCUCACGGGGAGCAGGCGGGCCCCAGUGGCACAGCUCUCCCUGCAGAUGCGUUGAAACCUUGUCCAGUUCAUGCCAGGACACGGGACCAAGCUGCUGGGGGUGGCAAGAGGAAGCUGAUGGUAGAAGAUGACCAGGAGCUGCUGGCCCCCCGUGGGCAGCAGCGGCCCCAAGGCACCCCAAAGGGCAGGGGGACAGGCAGGGGCAGGAGAUCAGAGCUUGUGAGCCCAGGGGGGGCAAAGAAGAGCAGAAAGGAGACGGGCCUGCAGCCUGGGAAGGAGCUUGAGGAAGAGGAGCAAGCAUCAUCCUCUGCGAGCGGCCCCAGCUCCAGGCCGGAGCAGCGCAGAAGAGCUCUGGAGCCGUACGUGAGGAAACCAGCCCAGUACCAGUACGAGGCACCGAGCCCCGAGCUCUGCCAGCAGAUACAAUCUAUCAGGAUCUCCCAGGCAAUGCUGAAGUGGGCGUGCUGGGUACUGACAGAGGAGGAGGAGGAGGAGGAGGAGGAUUCCUGA